AUGGCAAACUAUGGUUCUUGGGACCAAUGGGGCCAGAACUCGUGGCCUGGGCAGGAGCCAAGUGCUGGCUCUGGUGGUUAUGAUGAUGCCUGGACACAGAACUGGGCAGAGAAUGACACGGGUUAUUAUGAGAAUACCUGGACGCAGAACUGGGCAGAGAAUGACGAGGCUGAGGCAGAGGCAGCAACGGCUGCCGCGACACCGAAGUGCAAGCCCAAGCCGAGGCCCAGGAGGAAUGGUCAGGGUGCGGCUAAGGCCAAAGCCAAGACAUCCGCCACACACAGCCGCGGAGGGUCUCAGAACGCUAGAGAAUACAACCGAUGGAAGGAGGACCAUCAGAGGAUGUUGAGGGCAGAAUAUGCUUUGCAGCAGCAAGAGUCCGCCUUGAAAGAUGCCCAGGCGGAGGCUUGGGCUGCCGAGCUGUCGCUGGAGCAGGAGCAGAAAAGGAGCCGGGAGCUUCUCGAGGAUGCCGAGCAGUCGUUCGACAUAGAGCACAGGAGGAACCGGGAGCUUGUCGACGAGAAUGGGAUGCUCAAGGCGCAGCUGCAGGAGCUGGAGAAGAAGGGGCGCGGUGCGCAGGCUGAGACCACCGCUGCCCUGACUGAGAAGGCCGCUCUCCAGAAGAAGCUCGACGAUGCGAGAGCAGUCUUCAAAAAAGAGUGCAUCGAAAUGCGGAAGGAGAACGACGAGGCAAAGGCGGACCGAAAGGCUAGCCUGGAGCAGACUGCUGCCAUCAAGCGGGACUUCGAGAAGUUCAAGGCACGGGCACUCCUUGGGAAAGAAUACAUGGAUGGCAAAGUGGACCAGGCGGAGAAGAAGGCCAAGGCAGCGAUAGCCGAGAAGGAGAAGACGUAUGGGAAGAUCAUCGAAGAUCUGACAGAGGAGAAGGCUGGAAGCUGA